ACAUUUGACACUGGUAAGUGGGAGCAUGAUACAAAGGCAUUGGGCUGGUAGAAAGGCAGCACCUUCCCUGUGAGCUGCUGGACUUCAGCCUGGGUGUUCCUGCAGGAAACUCCAUCCUCUCCUAUCUCUGUCUGAACUCCUGGACGGAUGAGAUAGUGGUCAGAAAUGGCCUGUGUUUCCUCCAGACCAGAGCAGACUUGCCGGAGGAGAGAGAUUUGCGAGUUGAGCAAUGGUGCUGUAAGAGGCUUCCAUGGCAGAGCGGAUGGAUGGAAUCUGGCUGUUGAAACUUGCCCCAGGGCAGCUCGCCUGAGUCUCUUGGUCCAGAGCCUGUAAAGCGAGAGUUAAGAUACACUGUUACAAAAGUUACCAAAGUUAAAUGCAGAAGGAUUGCCUAAAUACAUAUUUUGUGUGUCUCCUGCUAAUUACUUCACUGUUCAAUAGGAAUGUUUACCCUUGCAGAAGUUGCAUCGCUCAAUGACAUCCAGCCAACUUACCGUAUCUUGAAACCAUGGUGGGAUGUAUUUAUGGAUUAUCUUGCUGUUGUUAUGUUAAUGGUUGCCAUUUUUGCUGGAACCAUGCAGCUGACAAAAGACCAGGUGGUCUGCUUGCCAGUUUUGCAGUCUACUGUAAAUUCAAAAGUGCAGCCUGUUACAUCAGGAAAGGCUGACUUUACCACUGUUGAAACAACCACUGGUCAAGGAGAAGAAGCAUCAAUGAGAACUGUUUCCUUUGAAAGUACUACUGUAAGACCUGACAUUUUUCUGAGCGGAGCUACCUCUUCUCAGUAUCAAUCCACUGAAUCAGGUCAGGAGCUGAAGAAGGAGCAGAAAGAUUCCUCAGGCCGUAAAACAAAUUUGGAUUUUCAGCAGUACAUAUUUAUUAACCAGAUGUGCUAUCAUUUGGCUCUUCCGUGGUACUCAAAGUAUUUUCCCUAUCUUGUUCUCAUCCAUACUAUCAUUUUGAUAGUCAGUAGCAAUUUUUGGUUCAAGUAUCCCAAGACUUGCUCAAAAAUUGAGCAUUUUGUCUCUAUAUUGGGGAAGUGUUUUGAGUCCCCUUGGACUACAAAAGCAUUGUCUGAAACGGCAUGUGAGGACUCCGAGGAGAACAAACAGAGGUUAACUGGUGCCCAGUCCCUGCCCAAGUAUGUUUCCACUAGCAGUGAUGAAGGAAGCCCAAGUGCUAGCACUCCCAUGAUAACCAAAUCUGGCUUCAAAUUUUCAGCUGACAAGCCGAUGAUUGAGAUUCCCAGCGUCACGAUUUUAGAUAAGAAAGAUGGAGAACAAGCCAAAGCACUGUUUGAGAAAGUCCGUAAGUUCCGGGCUCACGUGGAAGACAGUGAUCUGAUUUAUAAGCUCUAUGUUGGCCAGACUGUCAUCAAGACUGUCAAGUUCAUAUUCAUACUCUGCUAUACUGCAAACUUUGUCAACACCAUUAGUUUUGAACACAUUUGCAACCCGAAAGUGGAGCAUCUGAUUGGCUACACACAGUUUGAAUGUACACACAAUAUGGCUUAUAUGUUGAAGAAGCUGCUUAUCAGCUAUAUUUCCCUCAUUUGUGUGUAUGGUUUUAUCUGCCUCUACACGCUUUUCUGGCUGGUCCGAAUACCUUUAAAAGAAUAUUCUUUUGAAAAGGUCAGAGAAGAGAGUAGCUUCAGUGAUAUCCCUGAUGUCAAAAAUGAUUUUGCAUUUCUCUUGCAUAUGGUAGAUCAGUAUGACCAGCUGUAUUCUAAGCGAUUUGGUGUCUUUUUGUCAGAGGUGAGCGAGAACAAACUACGCGGCAUUAGUUUAAACCAUGAAUGGACUUAUGAAAAGCUUCGGCAACAUGUUUCCCGCAAUGCCCAGGACAAGCAGGAGCUGCACCUCUUCAUGCUGUCAGGGGUCCCGGAUGCAGUGUUUGAUCUGACGGAUCUGGAUGUGUUGAAACUGGAGCUGAUUCCUGAAGCAAAAAUUACAGCCAAAAUUUCCCAGAUGACAAAUCUUCAGGAGCUUCAUCUGUACCACUGCCCUGCGAAGGUCGAGCAGACGGCCUUCAGCUUCCUCCGGGACCACUUGAGAUGCCUUCAUGUGAAAUUCACAGAUGUUGCAGAAAUUCCUGCGUGGGUGUAUUUGCUCAAAACCCUCCGUGAAUUGUACUUGAUAGGCAACUUGAACUCUGAAAACAAUAAAAUGAUAGGGCUUGAAUCUCUUAGAGAGUUGAGACACCUUAAAAUUCUCCACGUGAAGAGCAAUUUGACCAAAAUUCCCCCCAAUAUCACAGAUGUAGCACCACAUCUGACAAAACUAGUCAUUCAUAAUGAUGGCACUAAGCUUGUGGUACUCAAUAGCCUUAAGAAAAUGACUAAUGUUGCGGAGUUGGAACUGCAGAACUGUGAACUGGAGAGAAUUCCCCAUGCCAUCUUCAGUCUUUCUAACUUACAGGAACUGGAUUUAAAGUCAAAUAGCAUACGCACAAUUGAAGAAAUCAUCAGCUUCCAGCAUUUAAAAAGACUGACUUGUUUAAAGCUGUGGCACAAUAAAAUAGUUAGCAUUCCUUCCUCCAUUACCCACAUAAAGAAUUUGGAGUCUCUUUAUCUGUCGAAUAACAAACUCGAAACCUUACCUGCCGCAGUGUUCAGUUUACAGAAACUUAGGUGUUUAGAUGUAAGCUUCAAUUCAAUUGCGGUGAUUCCAGUGGAAAUAGGUUUGCUUCAAAAUCUUCAGCAUUUUCACAUCACAGGAAACAAAGUCGACGUUUUGCCAAAACAGUUGUUUAAAUGUGUUAAAUUGAGGACUUUGAGUCUGGGACAAAACUGUAUUACCUCAAUCCCAGAUAAAGUAAGUCAGCUGUUGCAGCUGACUUACCUGGAACUGAAGGGAAACUGCUUGGACCGUCUGCCAGUUACGCUGGGGCAGUGUCAGCUUCUCAGGAAAAGUGGGCUCAUAGUGGAAGAUCACCUCUUUGAUGCUUUGCCCUCAGAAGUUAAGGAGGUGUUGAAUCAAGACACAAGCAUUCCCUUUGCUAAUGGGAUUUAGACAGAGGUGAAAUACUCUGAUAGCUGACUUCCAAAUGGCAGAUGCUGAAAAGUACAGCAAUUGUGAGACGUGUUUUAGAAAGCAGAAUUCGUUGGAAAGCAGGACUGCUAGCAGGAUUAGAAGAGGUGUAACUGAGUGUUCAAUGUUUGCAGUGUUUCAAAAGAUCAUUUCCAAAAUUUUUGAGAGGAUAAAGAACCUUAAUAAUCUCAAUUCUUUUUUCCUUAAAUUGUUUGUAACUUGGAUGCUGCCGCUUUUGAAUGUUUACAAAUUUGCUUGCCUGCUUAAAGUUAAUAAUUAAAUUGAUGACCUUUUCUUACUAUGCAAGUUAUUCCUUAAGGUCUGUUUUUAUUUUAGUGCAUUAUGGGGAGGAAAACCAAGGCUAAAUGUUGUAUAUGGUAUGCGUCUAACAGCACUUGAAGCACACACUGAAUUGUGUUGUUAGUGUUUAGCCAUCCUUGAUAAAUGAAAACAGUUUGGCUGUGAUUUGAACUGCACCAGAACCACCAUUUCCCUGCAUUAAGGUAUGUGGUUUCAUAGAAUCACAGAAUUGUAUACGUUGGCGAAGACUUUUAAGUUCAUCAGGUUCAACCAUUAACCUAACACUGCCAAAUCCACCACUAAACCAUGUCCCUAAAACCCACGUCUAUGCUUUUUUGAAUGCUUCUGGGGCUGGUGAUUCCACCACUUCUCUGGGCAGCCUGUUCCAGUGCUUGACCACUCUUUCAGUGAAGAAAUUUUUCCUAAUAAUCUAAACCUUCCCUGGCACAACUUGAGCCUGUGUCCUCUUGGCCUUUUGCUUCUGGGAGAAAAGACUGACCACCACCUCACUCCAACCUCCUUUCAGGUAGUUGUAGGGAGCAAUAAAAUCCCUUCCAAGCCUCAUUUUCUCCAGACUAAAUACCCCAGCUCCCUCGGCUGCUUCUCAUAAGACCUAUGCUCCAGACCCUUCACCAGCUCCAUGGCCCUUCUCUGGACAUGCUCCAGUACCUCAAUGGUUUGUAUCAUUCUUCAUCCUCAAGGCCUCAUGUUGUUGGGUGAGAUUCCUUCUGUGUGUGUUGCUCCUUUACUCCAGCAAAGACUGGUCACCUUCCUGCAACUGAUCUCCCCCUCAGAUUCCAUAACUCUUCUGUCCUAUGCAGCAGUGGGUGGUAAAAGGGAGAAUACAGCCACUUGGCAUUCAAGUUGUGGAUAGUUUUGAGGGUUGAACUGUUUUGCAAGGUGACUUGGAAAGUCAUUAAACACCAAGUGACUUUGGUGCUCAUAUUUUGCUCUUCUGAGUUUUCAUCUGGGAAACUCGAGGUGUUUUAUGAGUUGGUGAUUGUUUUUUUUUUUUUCAUAGCCCUUGAUUAGGACCUGGGGUGUCUGUUUCAUUUACUGAACUAAUGACAGACAUAAGAUUUUUGAUUUACUCAAACAUCAUUAAGUUUUAUCACCUGUUGUGGUGUCUUCCACACCUGGACUUUACCAUAAGAGCACCCUUCUCCCCACCCUAGCCCAAGUAAUUUGAUGUGUUUGAACACUUACACACUGUUAGCAAACCCUAACUGUGUGCCAGAUCAGUCAUCAAAUAAGGAAAAAAACAGACAGCAGUGAGUGUGGGAUUUUUGUUGUUGGUUUUUUUUUUGUUUUAAUGUUGUUUUUUUUAGCUUGAGUUUGCAUUGCCAGAACCAUUAGAGAAAUAUAAUCCAUUAAAUCUGCAAAAUCAUCAGUUGUAAUUCUCGGUCAUUUACAUUCCAUGUGUGCAGAAAAGAAGUACUAUGCUGGGAGAUGAUUGCAUGAUUACUCAUGGUUUAAACACAAUUCCCUAUUGUAGUGUGGUCAGGACUGAACUAGUCUGUAGUUUAAGGGACUGUUCUUCUCACAGAAAUCCUCAUGCACAGUGAUUUCUACUGUAACUUCACCAGAGCUGCCCUGACUCACACCACUAUUAAUGAGGGGAUAGUUUAGGCCUAGAGGCAUUGAGCAGGCAGGAACAUUUCAAAUACUGCUCUUAGGAGUCUUGCACAUUUUAUUGUUAAUAAUUUACUGUUAGUCAUGCUGGGAGGACUGUUCUCAGCUGUAGGUAGCAGUCUCUGAAUACAUACCUGCACCGUAUGUUUAUGUAUAUCAGAAGACCAGUUUAUGAAUAGUGGUUUUCCUACUUCUCAUGGGGAUACGGUCUGUUUUCCACUUGCCAGCAGGUAGUAAACUUGGGAUGUUGACAGUUUUACAACACCAAGUCACAGGUUAGGCAGAAUACUUACAGUUACUGAUCUGUCCUCCACUGAGAAACUUAGUGCUAAUCCUCAGAUUUUUUUUUUUUUAAGUAGAAGUUAAGGCUGCAAUGGGUUAUUUUUUUUUAAGAAACUCUUUAAUUUGUUUAUUUUUUGCACAUAGAUCACUUUAAAAUUGCUGGACUAUUGACUCUUUAGAAAAACUGUGGAAUAUACUAUUGGUGUAUGCUUUGUAUUUGUUGUUGAGUGUAAUUUCAGCUUCCAAGAAAUUGUGUGUAGGAGGGAGGAAGAGUUGGAGGAUGGCAAAAUAAUUAAAAUAUUUAGAAAAAUAGUUCUAUUUUUCAUCCAUUUUUCCUUUUCUGAAAUAGAAGAGUCACGCAGAAUGUGGCUGUGUUUUGAUCUAGCUUUUAAAAGCUUUUUUUGGUGUUUCUGAUUCUCCUACUGACCCUGUUGAUGUUCAGAAAAUAAACCUGUGUCUUUCAUAUGAGUAUGGUAUACUCAAAAAAUAAACCUGUGUCCACUUAAUGAAUAUGUUAUACAUAAUUUAGACCAUUGUUUUGACUAGUUAUUAGCCAACUGUACUUUAGACAAGUUCCUCCAAAAUAAGUGUUUGUUAAAGUUAAUUUCAGGCUUCUAAUGCUUGCUCUGCAUAAACUCCAUUAUUGUUUUUAGGAAAUCUUUCUCAGAGUGGGGAGGAACUGCCCAUAAUCCCCAUGUCACCUCCCCCCAGUCCUUCCUCCUCUCUGUGACUGUUUAUAAUGUUCCUAUUUCCUGCGUGUCAACUGACACAGUCUUGCUUUUACAGUCUUGGAAGUUCAUCUCUUUUCCAUGUAAGGCAUGUAAAAUAUAUUUUGCAUUUCUAUUUGAUUUAAUAAAUAAGAUGUUUAUAUCUUCCUCUAA